AUGACUGAGCACAAAAUGCAACAGACGGCUAUAUUGCUCAGCACAUGUAAAAAAUCAAUCCAUAAAAUCCAGCAAUUUGUGAAAUCCUAUAAUGCAAGUAGUGAUUUUGUGAAAAUAGACUCUCGAAUAGAACGGCUUGGUUAUCUAUUCAAUAAGUACAACGAAACUUCUGUUCAAGCUGAGUUGUUCACAGGGGCUGAGUCUUACGUGAAUUUCUCGAAAGAUAGGGAAGAUAUAGAAGAACUUUUCUAUCACAUCCAAGAUGCGCUUAUUCUUCGAAAAGCAUCUCCACCCGAAGAAGAAGAAACUGUCAAGUCUCCACAGUCCAGCAUGUCGAUGGUUAGACUCCCCAAGCUAGAUUUGCCUACGUUUGAUGGCGAUAUGGAAAAUUGGAUUCCGUUUCGCGACUCGUAUAAGAACCUAAUCCACGAUAAGAAGAACCUCGCCUCAGUGGAUAAGUUUCAUUAUUUGUUGGCCGCCUUGAAAGAACCGGUCAAAAAACUCCUUGAUACGAUCAGUGUAACCGAGAAAAAUUACGAUAUCGCAUGGAAUCUACUCGUGUCUAGAUUCGAUAAUAAACGCCUGUUAAUAAAAAAUCAUAUCGCGGCUCUUUUUUCUAUCGAGUCAGUUAAAAAGGAAUCAUCAUCUGCAAUCCUUUCUGUUGUGGACCAUUUCGAGCGCCACGUCAAGAUUCUAAACACGUUGGGGGAAAAUACUGAGGAAUGGAGUUCCCUUUUAGUGCAUCUAGUUUGCAGUCGUCUAGAUAGCAGCACGCUAAGGGAAUGGGAACGUAAAACUGCUGGAAAAGUAGAAUCCCCAUCGUACGUCGACCUAAUUGAAUUCCUACAAGAACAAGCCCGAAUGUUACUUUCCCUGAAAGGUGGAUCUACUGUGAUCAACACUAGCAAAGACAAACCCCGAUACUCUUCUUCCCAUUCUGCUGUGUCAGCAUCCUAUUCUUCCAAAAAAACCUGCGUCGUUUGCAAUCUGCAGCACAAAAUUUACGAUUGCGAAGCGUUUAAAGUUAUGACCUUGGAACAGAAGCAUGAUGUCGUUCGCAAAAACAAACUUUGUUGGAACUGCUUGGCCACUUCUCACAUGAGUCGAGAGUGCCAAUCUAAAAAUUGCCGAAAAUGUGGGGAUAGACAUCACACGUAUCUACACCCGUCAUCUCACGCUGAUCUUUCUACGCCAUCUCAAACAAAGACAACUUUUUUCCCGCCAAAAUCCAAAAAUGCUCCACCUGAGAACAACUCUCCCACAAAUGCUCCAGAAAAAACUCGCUAUCCGAUCACCUCUCCUAACCUGCACUUGUCACCAACCCCACCUAAUUCAACACCCAGUACAUCAACCGCUAUGGUAGCUGCACAUUCUACGGGCCAGAGAUCCACAGUUUUGCUGUCAACAGCGGUCGUUUUGGUUUAUGGCCCAAUAGGUCCAACGAAGGUCCGAGCCUUAUUGGAUUCGGGUUCGAAGCUGAAUUUUAUAACGGAACGAGUAGUCCAGUUAUUAAAACUUUCAAAGCAAAGAGCACAGAUGCACAUUUCGGGGAUGGGGGGAGCCUCUGUUACAAGUCGUUACGCCCCCGUCGCAACUAUUUGCUCCAGCGAUCAUUCUUACCGCUGUGAUCUCUCUUUCCAAAUUUUGCCUAAGAUCACUGGAAAUCUCCCAUCUACUGUUGUAGAUACAUCACAACUGCAAAUCCCACCGGAACUCAACCUAGCGGACCCCUCUUUUGCUCUGCCUCAUCGUAUCGAUAUGGUUAUAGGUGCUCAAUUAUUCUUCUCGCUUCUUUGUGAUGGACAGCGAUACAUCUCCAACCACUUAGAGGGAUUGAGACCUAUUUUACAAAACACAGUAUUGGGCUGGGUAGUGAGCGGACCGGUACCAAUAGCAUCGAAUACAUCUCACUCUGCGUCUGUUGCCCUUACAUGCACCACCGACGAUCUAGACUUCCAAUUGUCACGCUUUUGGGAGAUUGAGCACUGUUCUGAAGCUCGCAGCUUUUCGAAGGAGGAAUUAGCCUGCGAGAAACUUUUCUCCGACACCACCACACGAGAUGAACUUGGUCGGUUUGUUGUUCGUCUACCCACCAAGCCUGAGAUGUUGAGUCAACUGGGCGACUCAGCCACAACAGCUUUGAAACGAUACCACUGGAUGCAGCGUCGGCUCUUGAGAGAUCCGAACUUACAAGACCAAUACUCACAGUUCAUGCGUGAGUAUAUCGAGCUAAACCAUAUGUCACCAGCAAAUACAACUCACCCGAAUUCCGUCUUUCUUCCUCAUCAUGCCGUAAUUAAACCCACAAGCACCACGACAAAAUGCAGGGUGGUUUUUGAUGGUUCAAGUAGAACCUCUACAGGUAUCGCAAUUAAUGAUUGCCUUAUGGUAGGCCCCACCAUACAAGACACCCUAGUAACAAUCGUAAUUAGAUUCCGAUUUAAUGAAGUGGCACUAGUUGCCGAUAUAACGAAAAUGUUUAGACAAAUUUGGAUCCAUCAAUCCGAUCGGCAUCUUCAACAAAUAUAUUGGAAAGAUGAAAACGACAUAAAUGUUAGACCGUAUGUUCUCAACACAGUGACUUACUGCACUGCUUGUGCGCCCUAUCUCUCAACCCGCUGUUUAAAGCAAUUGGCAUAUGAUCACAUGAUGAUUAACAAACACGUAGCCUCUAAAAUAAGCAACGACUUUUAUAUGGAUGAUCUUAUCAGUGGUGAUCAAACAGAUGACGCAGCAAUUAAUCUCCGCUCAGAAGUCCAGGGCAUUCUGGGAUCAGCAGGUUUUGAGUUGAGAAAAUGGGCAUCAAAUUCCCCGGCAGUCCUAGCAAGUAUCCCCGAAGCUUUGAGAGAUGACCGAUUAUUCCUCGACUUAGACAGCUCCCCCUCAAUAAAAACUCUUGGACUCAUCUGGCAUCCCAAAUCCGAUUCUUUCCACUUCAAAUCACCAGAUCUCAUUCAAAGUCAGCAACUCACUAAGAGGAUUGUUGUCUCUGAGAUGGCUCAGCUAUUCGACCCGCUCGGAAUUCUUGGACCUGUCGUCGUGAAAGCAAAAAUUUUUGUGCAGCAGUUAUGGAGAGCAAACCUUUCUUGGGAUGAUCCGCUCCCACCCAACUUGAGUGACGCCUGGGAGUCAUAUAGGUCGGACCUUUCAACAGUACACUUGUUCAGUAUUCCUCGACGUGUUCUGGCUAACAAUAGAGCAGGCGAAAUCCAGCUUCACGGAUUUUGCGACGCAUCUCAGCACGCAUAUGGAGCGUGCAUCUACGUACGGAGCUCAACUGAAGACGGCAACAUCAUUACCCACCUUCUUACCGCUAAAUCCCGAGUUGCGCCUAUCCAACAAUCCACAAUUCCUCGGCUGGAAUUAUGUUCAGCAGUUUUGUUAGGCCAUCUGUAUACAAAUGUUAUUUCUUCCUUGAAUCAGCCAACUAAAGCGUUUUUUUGGUCUGAUUCAAUGAUAACGUUACACUGGAUUCAUCAGCCACCGUCGAAAUUCAACAUCUACGUGGCAAAUCGAGUCGCUGAGGUGCAGCGGCUGACUGUUGGUGGUUCUUGGAAUCACAUUGCCGGUUUUGAGAACCCAGCCGAUAUUAUUUCGAGAGGUGCUACCCCCCAAGAACUAUCUGGUAACUCAUUGUGGUGGGAAGGCCCACCAUGGUUAAAAUUGGAAUCGACAAACUGGCCACGUCGGUUCACUGUUAUGGAUUCGUCUCACGUGAAGUCAGAAGAUUUGGAGGAAAAGGUGCAACAUAAAACAUCUCUUGCCGCCGUGACAGCUGACACUUACCCGGAGUUAUGCGAAUAUUAUUCUUCGUUCGCAAAACUGGUUCGCAUUUCUGCAAUUUGUCGACGGUUCGCUCAACGAUGCCGAAAGCAAGAACGAGAUUUUCCACCAUACCUUCUUGCUAGUGAGUACCGAGCGGCGCUGAUGGGACUGGUAAAAUCGGCGCAACAACAAAGUUUUCCUCGUGAAUUAGCUCUUGUCGAAGCUGGUAAGAAGUCCGAUUUGAGAUCGUCACCAUUACGACGACUAAAUCCAAUCAUCGAUCAAGGUAUUCUCCGAGUCGGAGGCCGACUCAAUCUAUCAAAUCUCUCCCAUGAUAGGAAGCACCAAAUUAUACUUCCUUCUAACCAUAAAUUGACGAUUCUGCUUGUGGAAUCAACCCACCAAGAUUUGCUACAUGCUGGUCCUAGUUUAAUGAUUGCUAAUAUUCGAGAACGCUUUUGGCCGCUGGAUUUGCGCAGAUUAGCACGAAGGACGGUACGCAACUGUGUAACAUGUUUUCGAGUGAAUCCAACGGUGGAAAUUCAACUAAUGGGCCAAUUGCCACGGGUUCGUAUCACUCCAGCUCGCGCCUUUCUCAACACUGGUGUUGACUUCUGCGGGCCAGUACUAAUCAAGCUUCCUGUCAGGAGAGGAAAACCUUUCCCCCCGCUGAAGGCAUAUAUUUGUGUCUUCGUGUGCAUGGCAACCAAAGCGAUGCACCUCGAACUUGUAGGUGAUCUUAGCACCGACGGGUUUAUUGCUGCUCUAAAACGAUUUGUAGGCCGCCGAGGCCUACCUAUCAGCCUGUAUUGUGACAACGCCACGAAUUUCACCGGAGCCAAUCGUGAACUGCGUUCACUCCUAUCCCAGUUCAUGGACCAACAACACACCAGAAAGGUUGCAUCAUUUUGUGCAGAAAUUUCUAUUCAAUUUCACUUUAUUCCCGCUAGAGCACCGACCUUCGGCGGGCUAUGGGAAGCAGCCGUACGCGCCGUCAAGCAUCAUCUUCGCCGAGUCGUGGGUUUGGACGCUAUCACCGCAGAGGCCAUGCAAACGGUACUCUGCCAAAUCGAGGGCUGCCUUAAUUCUAGGCCGCUAACUGCUUGCUCUGAAGAUCCCGAUGAUCAACAAAUUCUGACACCUGGCCACUUCCUAAUCGGUGAUGCACUGAAGGCUAUUCCGGAACCUGACCUGGGUGAUGUACCAACCAAUAGGCUCUCGCUGUGGCAAGCGAUGCAGCAUAAAGUUCAACGGUUUUGGAAGCUCUGGUCUACUGAUUACUUGAAUCAACUACAACAGCGCUCCAAAAACUACUUUCAAAAACCUAACGUCGUCGUGGGCAAGUUAGUGCUACUGAAGGACGACAAUCUACCGCCGCUCAAGUGGAGCGUCGGGCGAAUCACCGCAGUGCACCCUGGCGCUGAUAACCUAGUGCGAGUCGUCGAUGUGAAGGUCCCUUCUGGUGCAGUGUACGACCGGCCGAUCUCAAAGAUCUGCCUGCUACCAAUCAACGACGCUGAAGAUGGUCCGUCGUCAAACAACGAAUGA